AUAUUAAAUUCUUAUAGACAGAUACAGUUAUAAAAAAUUUAAUUCAAAAAAUUUAUUUUUUGAAAAUUUUGAUUGAGUUUUUACCAUGCAGAAUGGCUCCUGGCCAGGAUGAUUUUGGUGAAAUGUUUGAUGUUCUGGAUUUGUCAAAACGUGGGUAUUUAACUCUUGAAGAAGUUAAGAAUUUUUAUCAGUCUCUUUUCUACAAGCCGGUACAUGAUUUACUAAUUAAGUCCGUCCUUCACAAUUAUGGAGGAAAUAGAGAUGAUUCAACCUGCAUUAAAAAGGGUUUUGAAAAAGUUUUAUCAAAAUUAGAAGAAGCUCGUAACUUGGAAGAGACAACAUACUGGGAUUUUAUUGCUUUGGACAGAGAUGGAUCUCGAGUUGUUUCUGUGAAGAGUUGUAUUUUGUUGGCCAGAACUGUGAAUCCAGAAUUUUCUGUUCAAGCGUGGCAUGAUUGGCUAAAUUCUCGUCAUGAACCAAAUUUGCCAAUUUCCUGGCAAGAAUUCCAGAAGUACAUGUACUUUAUUCCUGAUCAAAGACAACAACUUACGAACCAAGAAGAUUCAUUGGAAGCUGAAUUUGUGUUAUUAUCUGAAAAAGAAUCUGACAUAUUGGAUGACAAAUAUAGUGAAUUCAAAGAAAUUUUAGAGGAUGAUGAUGAUUAUGUUGCCCAAUUACAACAAGAUCGUGAUGAUUAUCAGGAGAAUGUAAGAUACGAAUCUAACAGACUGCUCAAUCGGUGGAAAAUUGGUGGAGCUGAGGCUGUUAUUUAUGAUGAUGGAACAGAAAUGGCUCGUCCAUCUGUUGUAUCGGAUGCUAAAAACACCCUGACUAUUUCUGAUUUACUCACUGCCUUGGAUGUCAAAUAUGAUAUGCUCCGGGAAAAGGUUAUGAUUGAGAUGGCUAAAGCAGAAUCAGGAUUAGAUGGAACUGAAAUAAAUUCAAAGAUGAUUGACAAGAUUUUGAUCGAUAUUCGAAAAAGAGAGAAAAAGGCUCGAAAAUCUAAGACUUUGGAUGAAAUGUUGUCUCUACCUGGAUCUAGUUUGCAGUACAUGUUCACUGCUAUUGGCGUGAUGGGUGAGAUGGCGGACGCUUAUUUAGCGAAAUGGGAAAAAGCAGAACAACGUUUUAAGUCCCUCCGAGCUCAAGGAAAAUCAACAAAGGAUAUCAAUAAAAUAUAUGAGAGAGAAAUAAUGAAUGAAAUGAGAGGAUCUACUACUAGUGGAGAACUUCUCAUUUACUUUGCGAGAAGACAAGAAGAAGAAAAGGAAUAUUUACUUCGAAGUCUUCGCAAUAUUCCACCAGUGUCAGUUGAUGCCGAGAGAUUGUCAGUUUAUGCAUCCCUUCAUCGUCAAUGUUUAAGAAUUGAACAAAACGAAUCCUUUGAAAAUGCAGCCAUGUCAGCUUGCCUGACAGAAAGAAAGCAGAUUGCUGAUUUUGAAAGGUACAACCCUGACCGUUCUCGUCAAGAGAAACUGUCUGUAUUUCAACUUGAAGAAGGAAACAAACACAGUUUAGGACAAAACAUACCUUCUCCUGCAAAACCUGAUGUAUCUCACAGCAAAAAUUUGGGACUUGUGGACUCUUGGUUGGAAGUCACAAGACUUCUUGUACAAAAGCAUGUUGCAGAAAGAAUGCUUAUGGUUCACUUUCUGUUGGGAAAUGGAAUUCAAACAAAAAUGGGGACUUUGAAAAAUAUCUCCCAGAAGGAACUUCAAUCUAUGCGUCAUGAUCUUACUAAACAACAUGAUCAUCUGAAAUCAUCAUUUGCUAACAAGGGAUCUGCAAUUGAAAAAGAACAACAGAGGAAUGCACAUUUUGAUGUUCUUACAUCGGCAUCUGCAUUAUAUUUGGAGAAUAUUAGACGCAGUGUCAGCAGUUCUAGUAAUACCAAUUGUUUAUCCAUUAUUCUUGCAAGAUUGCAAGUACUUCAGGAUAUCGAGGGUGAAAACAUCUUUGCAGCAAUGAAAAAAAUGGAUGGUUCAGAUAUUUAUCAUCUUCGUAAAGAAAUUUACAGAUCGAUCAGAGAUGAAAGUUUGGAAAAUAUAUCCAACCUUGUUCUUGGUGCUAUCAAAAUGUCUGCUGAAGAAAAAGAACUUGUUGAUCUCAUCCUUGCCAAGUAUGACAAACUUCGUGCAAAAUUAUUUGAUGGGUUUAUUAAAAAGAAAAAUAUUGCGAACGACGAUGAUCGACAACAAUUAUUUGAGAAACUACGAAUCGGAGAAGAGAAACACAGACUUGCUGGAAAUCACGCUAAAUUAGCAAAACUCUGCAAAGACACUUUUCAGAUAAAGUAUUCUUUACAAGAGAUUGUUGGUCCUGAUCCAUCAAGAUUUAGACAUGAAGCAGAGCAUUAUUUGGAUGAAAUUAAGAAUUCUGGCAGGAAAAGAAAAGUUGUGGAUGAACCACCGGAUCUUGGAAACAUCUCUGAUGAUUCUAAACCAAGAGGAAACCUUGUUUCUGAACUUCAUCUUAGAUAUGAAGAUGAAGUUGACAUGAUCUUGGAGAAUCUUCGAGAAGCACCACCAAAUGAUAAGACAUUUCUAUUGGCAGCAGAAGCAGCAUGGCAACAGUGGGAAAUGAUGAGAUUUAAUCUUGAUGAUGAAUUUCGUCAUGCUGCAAUCGGUUUGGGAUUGUGCGAAAGAACUAAAAUUGGACAAGGCAAAAUCAAGCUUCGACAAGACAACUCUCGAUAUGUUCAACUCGCUCAAGAAAGGUUGUUGGUGUCAACAUCACUCAAUACCAAGUCUCUCCAGGGCAUGUCUUCAUCAUCUUCACCUGCUCAAUCAUCUCUUCGACGAGUUCUUAUGUGUCAUGCUGGUGAUUGGAGGAAGUUGUAUGAACUUAUUACUGAUGAUUCUGCUGAGGAAUUGAGAGAAGCCGCUGUGUCGAUGUCCGAAGAUGAACGAACUGCAAGACUCGCUGAAAUUAAUUCGAAGAGAAUGGCAUUGGAUAUUCAAUCACCUGAUUGGCAAGAUGAUCUUCAAGCUUUACUUGAGGAAGCAGCAGCCAUCAAAUAUGUUUCCAGGAUGCAAAACCUUAAAAAACUAAGUGGUGAGGAUUCGGGGAUCACUAUCACCAAUUCAGAUGUUCAUGUAUCAAUAAUGGCUGAUUUACAGGAAGAACAUGACAAAGAUGGUUUCAGAUGGUUCCAAAAGGCUUUAGAUGAGCCAGAAUCUGCCGGCAAGAUUAAAGACCUGACAAUGGCUGAAAGCAAAAAUUGUUUCAAUAUAUUCAAUGUUCUAUGUAGAUAUGAAGGACAGUUCGAUGACGAUGCUUUACUGCAGGCCCUGGAAGAUAAGUAUGAUUCUUUGAGAGACAAAUUGCUUGCAGAAGCACUCAUGAAACAACUUGGUGACAAAGCAUGGGGUGAACUGAGUGAGAGAGAACGACAAGAAAGAUUGUUCAAACUUAAAAUGGAAGAGAGAAGAUUAAGAAAAGAAGGCAGAUAUGAUGAACUUGCUAAAUUACUUGGAGAAGCUUUUGCUGAUGAUGAGAGAAUUAAAGCAAUGUUGGGAAUGAGUAGAGAGGAAUAUGAUAGAAAAAUGAAGGAGAGAUUAGCCAAUAGAAAACGAGGUGACUUAGGAGCAAUAACAGAAGAAGAUGAUGCAGCUUCAUUAGAAGAAGGUGGUAGUGGCGAUCCAUUGAAAGAUCUCGCUUCAAGAUAUGAUGAUGAAAAACAAGCAUUGCUGAGAAUGUUGGCUGGACAAGAUCAAAGGUAUAUGAGUGAAAAAGAGAGGCAGAUGGAGCUGGCACGUUUACGUCGAGAGUUGUUGAGAGCAGAAAGAGAAGAAAAAUUUGGAGCAGCUGCUCUGGUGCUUGGGUUGGCUGAAAGGAAUGCAGAAAUGGAAAAAAGACUGGCAAGCGAUAAGAAACGACAAGAAGAACUAGCGAAACAACGUCUUGCAGCUUUAAAAGCAAGAAAAGGAAAGAAUUUUGUAAUGCCAACUAUUUCUGAAGAAGAUGAAAAAAUUAUCAGAGAAGGAAGUAAAACUGAGAUGAUGGAUGCAGUCCUCCGUAAGCUCGAACUUUUGUAUGAAGCAGAAAGAGCUUGGCUUGUUCAUAUCCUGACUUGCCAAAACGAGUUAAAACCAGAUCAAACUGGAAUCAAGGAGAAUGAUCCAAUUAAACUUGCAAAUGCUCGAAGUAGUUCUGAAUUAUCAGAUAGACUACAUGAAAUUGAUGUCAAAUUGCCUAAUCAAGUCAACAUUCACGAAUACAAGAUGCCAUUGACGGAAGCAAGUUUUUUCAAACAAGGAAUGAUUGUUCAUGAAUUAAUGAUUCAACCUGAUACGAUCAUUAAUAAAGAAAUACUUGACGUUAAAACACUGGCAAUAUUGCAGGAAAUACAAGAUAGGAAAAGUAGAAAAUUAUCUGAAGAUAUGGCAACAAUGGAUGAUAAAGAACUGAUUGAAAUGCAAGAAAAGAAUUUGCUUUGGGCAAAACAAGGAAUAUCAAACAACAUUCCUGCAACUUUCUUCUUGCAAGCUGAAGAAGAUGUAUUGGAUGAAGCAUUGGAGGGAAAAUUUGAUGCAAUAUUAGCUGCGUUGGUUGAAAAAGCAUUGAUAGAAAAGAAAGGAGAAAAGAAAUGGAACUCAAUGUCAAAAAUGGAGCAAGAUCAUUUAAUAGCGGAAACAACAGAGAAAAUAAAGAAAUUAAUGUCAGAAGGAAAAACAGAUGAAGCAUUAGAAUUACUUGGUGAAACUGGUAAAAACAAUCUUGACUCACUUCUUGCAAUGUUCGGAUUGAGAAAUGAAGAUGAAGAAAGGAAAAAACUGGAAGAAGAAAGAAUGGAGAGAAUGAAAGAACGAAUUGCUAACGGCAUGUCUGAGGAGGAGGCUCGAAGACUCAUGGAAGAGGAAAAAGAGAGAGAUGAGGAGGCACUCAAGAAGAGGAGAAAAAACAUACUGGCAUUGUUACAAUAUGACUUGGACGCUCAGAAAGCCGAAUUACUUAAACAAUUAGCAGAGAGUGAUGAAAAGUUUGAUCAAGAAAGAAGACGUCAACUUGAACUUGCAAAAUUACGUCUUCAACAAAGAAUGAUGAAAAGAGAAAAUGAUCUUGAUGCGGUCGCUCAUGUUCUGGCUUUAUCAAAACUAUCAGAUGAUCAGUUGGAAACAGAAAGACAAAGACAGUUAGAACUUGCUCGGAAGCGAUUAGAAGCACUCAGGAAAGGUAGAAAAAUGGAAGAGGACAAUAUUUUUCCGCUCAAGCUACCAGAUGAUGAUGACAUUAAUACUCUCAUUGAUGUAAUAAUUCGUGAAAUGGAAUCAAAGCAUAAUCAAGAAAGAGUUGUUUUGAUGCAACUUCUGACAAAAGACGCUUCUCCUCAAAUGGACGUUCGAAAAAAAGCUGCAUCGAUGGAUGAAAUUUCUAUACAGAAGAGAAUUGAUGAAUUGAGAGAAAUAAGGAGACAGUGGAGAAAUGAUGAUCCUGAUAAUCUUGAAGAAAAUGCAUCAGAACAAAUGUCUAUUUUAAUUGAAGCAACUGCAUUGGAUCUUGAGCUUCUAAUAAAAACCAAUGAAACCAUGUCUGAAGAAUCAGCUCAGGAAGAAAUAUUAGGAAAACUUCAAAACCAACAAAUGUUAGAAAGCAGUCAUCUGAUAGAUGAUUUGCCUAAGAAGACACCAGCAACACUGCGAAUGAUUGCUAAAGUUCAAUGGAAAGCAAGAUCCGAGAGAUGGUUGGAUAAUGUUGCUGAGAGUUUACUGAGAAAACCUGAAGUAUCCUCACAAGAAGAUGAGGUCCUCAAAGCUCUUGAGGACAAAUAUGAUGCAAUGAAAGACAAAUUAUAUGCUGAGGCUUUACUGAGACAAUUUGGCGAAAAAGAAUGGAAUGAUUUAUCUGAGAUAGAAAGACAAAGAAAAGUAUUUGAAAUUAAGAUGAAAGAAAGAAAACUCAGACAAGAAGGAAAAAUGAAUGAAGCGGCAGCACUUAUUUCAUCUAUGAUCAAGUCUGAUGAAGAUCUUGCACGAUUACUGGGUGAAGUAAAACUCUCUCAGAAAGAAGAACUUGAGAAGAAAUUAGAAAAGAGGAGACAAUUGAAAGAACAACGACUUGCUGCUGGUUUAGCCGUUGACGAUACGACUCUUGAUUCUGAGAUACAGAAAAUUGAUGAAGAAGAAAAGAAAAAAAGAAAGAAUGUGCUACUGCUUUUGGAACACAACUUGGAUGAAGAGAGAGAUAUGAUUCUUGCGAGUCUUCGUAAACAGGAUGAAGCUGUUGAUAUAGAAAGAAGAAGACAACUUGAACUCGCUCGAUUAAAAAGAGAACAAAAGCAAAUUGCUCGAGAAGAUAAAUUCAAUGCGGCGGCUAUUAUAUUCAAUCAAGCUAAGAAGAGUGAAGAAUUAUUGGCAGCAAAUCUUGCGGAAAACAGAGCUCGUCAGUUAGCACUUGCGAAAGAAAGAAUUGCAGCCAGAAAGGCACAAAAAGAAGAGAGAGAAGCUGCCAAAAAAUUGUUCGAUGUUGAAUCAAUUACUCAACAACUCAAAGUUUUACAAGAUCAUGAGAAGAAUGAAUCAGUAUCAGCUCCUGAAAGGCUUGUCCAAGAAAUGGAUUUGAAACAAUUGAAUGAAAGAGAAAAUUUUCUUUUAUUGCUUUUAUCCACGGAUAUGGAUUCCAGUAUGAGAAUGCAAGCGUCUACCAUGUCCGAUGAGCAAAUAAAAGCUGAAAAAGAGAAGAUUAUAAAUGAGAGAAAAGAAUGGAGAGAAAAAAGGUUUGUUGAUUUACUGCAAGGAAAAGAAGAUGAAGAUGAAACAAGGAAGUCUAAAAGAAGAGAUUUUCUGGCAAAAUCCAUUGUGGAACAAAACAAAAUGUUUAAGAGAUAUUUGAUCUUGAAUUUGGAAGUUGAUCGUCGGGCAAAAUCAGAUCCAAAUCAAGACUUCACUUCGGUCAAGAAUGAAAUGAGCGUUAAAUGGUUGGCUGAUAUACAAACUUCUCAGGCUAGUGCUGUGGAAGCAGUUCACACUCUCAUUACUGACAAGAGUGAUGAAGUUUUAGAUAUGAUUACAUAUGGACAAAGAAAAUCAAGAAUAGAGUCAUGGAAUGAUAAUCUCAACAAAGUUGUUAUGGGUAUCUUGCCUCCUGGACAAAUGAUAGAGCCGGUGGAAAGGCAAGCAUCAUCAAUGAGCAUGGGUUCUGAUCAGAGAGCUGUUGAAGAUACUGAAAAACAAAUGGUUAAUUUGGAUGAAGAAUUGGAAGAACAGAAGAAAGAAUUGGAGAAAAAGAAAAAACUUGGAGAAGACAUUGAUAUGGAGUCGGCUCUUGCUCAACUUCAGCAACAACAUAAUGCCAAGAAGCAAGCUCUUUCCUCUGAUCUUGAUCGUCAACGACAAAGACUUAAAGAAAAACUUGCUGCAAGGAGAGAACAGAGAGAUGAAAUGGAAUAUGAAGCCCAUGCUGCUGCUGCCAUGGUUUUCUUAGCAGAGCGAAGAUUACAUGAUCAAGAACAACAUCAAGCAGAAGCAAAAUCAAAGCAGAAAAGUCUUAUGGAACAACGUCUUGAAGCAAGAAGAAAAAGAAGAAAGGAACUGGAAGCUGCAAGAAAGCUUGAAGAAGAAGAAGCAGCCAAGCAAGAUCAAGAUAAACCGAAGUCGAAGAUGGCUCCACCAAUGGGGUUAGUGCGAGAGAAGACAGUUGUCGAUGUCCAAAUCUCAAAUGAAGAAAAAGAAAAAAUGUUACAAGAAAUGAAAGAAAUCAGUGAUAAAAUGUCUGCUAAACUUGCUUCUGACAAAGAAAGAGCUCGGCAAAAGGUCCAAGAGAAGCUUCGUGACAAAACUGCAAAGAAACGAGACAGGGUUGAUAAAAUAUUUGCUAAUUUUGAACGAGAGAAAACAAUUGUUCUUGAAAAGAAAGAUCGUGAAUUGGAAAGACAGAAGACUAUGUUGCAAGAUAGAAUGCAUAAUAUUAGAACUGGAAAAACUAAAACCAUGAAAGAAAAAGGAGAUCAAAAAGUUCGAGAUUUUGAUAAGCUUGUGAAUCCUGAAGUAUCGGAAGGAAUGUCAAAAGAUGAAAAAAUGGCACUCGCCGCUGAAAAUCUACAGAAGAAAUUUCUAGCUGAAAAGGAAAAAACAAUGAUAGCGAGUCAAGAUACCUUGGAAACAAAGAAAACUGAUGAUGAAAAUGACAACAAAGCAGAUGUCGGUCUCCUUUCUCAAGAUGAUGCAAAUCAGGUUUCCUCAGAUCAUUCUGCUUCUCCAAGGUCUGUAAGAAUGACAAAAGAAGAAAAAGAAAAGAAAAUGAAACAAAGAAUGAGCAUUAAAAAGAAACAGAAGCUGGAAGAAGAAUCUCGUACAUUAGAAAAUGCAGAUGAAGAUUCUCAGAUAGAGUUUUUGUAAUUUUUAUUCAAUUUUAGUACCUUUUUCAUCAGCAGGUAUGUCAAACAACAAGAAGCACUUUUUUUCUCAUACUAUUUGUAUGUCUCAGAAGUAUUUUUGAAAAUUAUAAAUUGUAUUAGUUGUUAUGUUUCACUGCAGUAUAUUUUGAAUAUUGGUAAUUUAAUCGCUGUUUCCUCAUGAUAGUACUCACUGUAGGUAUAAUCCACCACUGUUUUUGACAAAUGUUUUGACCAUGUUUCUUAAUUUUUAUUCAUGAUAUGAAAUAUCGUGAGAGUGUGAGCUUAAAUCUACUUUAACUUAAGUAUGUUUUCACGCUAAUCUUGUUGAAAGUAAUGCAUUUGCUAGUAGAACACUAAACAAUCACGAUUUGCAUAAUUAUGGUAAUCAUUUCUCUACCUUAUAUUUUUGGUGCUUGAAAGUAUUUUCGAUUUAUAUACAUCUAUAAGAAUUCGUUAUAUUUUUGAAACUUAUGAUUAUACAGUCAUAUAAAUAUAUUUCUCUCUGAAAAUUAAUUAUAAUUAAAGAGCUAAAAAACUUUUUCAUUUUUGGGUUUAUGUUCAAUUUCUGAAACCGUUUUUCUUCUGUCUGAUAAAACUUCCCGUUGUUAAAACAAUAUUUUCUGAAAUAUUUGUCUGCUAAUUUUUUUUUAAAAACUUUUCGUAGACUUUUCACCUAAUGUAGCGGAUUUUUUGUGUAUGCUCGUCCAAAUAUGAUAGCGUGAUACACUGCAUUAAUUACAUAUUUCUUACACUACAUAUUCCUCAGAAUGUAAUCAAUAUAUCUAUUUUAAUACUGAUGUUCCAAACUGCAAUAUUAGAAGUUACACAUUUUUGAGGCGUUAUCUUCAAAGCUAAGGUAUGAUUGAUCGAACACUUUGCACUUGAUAAAAUAUAUAUUUGC